CGGCAGCGACGCGCGCGAGACAGUCCGCCGCGGAGUGACAGCUCGUGAACUGUCAGCGGCGGUAACCGCGGGCGUCUCGUUGCGUUUCUGUUGCGAACAGACGUACCGCGGCCGGCCGGUGUCGAAUAGCGCGACGUUUCCGUCCGGCAGGUCCUUCGGCUGCGUCCCGUCCGUACCGGGCGAUCGUUUCGCGCGCGAUUCAACGCGAAAAAGAGCCGCGGCCGCACGGUGGGUGCGCACGCAAGGGAGAACGGCUCGUCGCCGCUGUCGCCGGCUCGCCAGUCUACUGGAAGAUUCCAUUGCGAGUGGGCUUUCAAAAAGUUUCGGAGCUGUCGACGAGUUUCCGCGGACACCGUCGCCGAGACGUCGUCACCGGACACACCAGGUACUCCAUGGACUAAAGCAAACGCGGAAAAACGCGAGUGUGCUAGCAGAGCAAGAAUCGGCCAAGAGUGCGUGUGCAGUAACAAUGUAAAAGAAGAAAAAAAUGUGAUACACAUGAUUGCGUGGCAGCGUUAACACCAGUGAGGAAGAGACGAACCGUGUGCAAAAUUGCAACAGCGACAGAGAGAGAGAGAGAGAGAGAGAGAGGAGGAGAGAGAGAAAAAUACGAGACAAGCACGAGAGGAAGAUAAGAGACGGAAAGAAAAAGAAGAGAGAAGAAAAGGAGAGGCGCAUUUUACGAUCGAUCGGAGUCGAUCGAGUUAAAACGUUCCCGGUCGAUCGUUUCCUCCGUGCAAGCACCGGCGGACGGAGGUCUGUCGCGGCGUUUCGGCCAGGGAGGAGGAUUGCGCGACGAGCUCGCGAAAAAGCUAAGAUAUCGGGCUACGAAGGAGAGAAAAGGCGAUUCGGCGGGAAGAAAAAUACGGAACAUCCCGUCGGUCCGUCGCGCUGUUUAUCCUGGGAAUCGAGCCGAGCGCGAGCGCCUCGAUACACUACCGCUAUCCGUGCGAUUGCCUCGAGGACGGGCGAACGUAUUCCGGAAAGGAUCGGGCGGAGCGAAGGAAAACAACGUGCGCAGGGAUACGGAAAAAGGAUAUGUACCGAGAGCCGAACAGUUCGUCGGGUAGCGGCACCUCUACUAAGGGCGACGAGGUCGAGCUCGUCAGUAGAUUCCUGGCGCCGCUCUGCGCCAGGGACGAGGCGGCCAGGAACAUCGCCCUGGCCGCGGCCAGGACUACCGUCGAAGGAUGGCUGGGUGGUGUCGGCAGUCCGAAUCACUGGGACGACACCGGCGAGAUCGAGGACGACAAGAGCACGGCCGGCAAGUUCUCGGCUCAGGACGGAAGAUACGACAUGAGCGUCGAGCGCUCGCCCACGAGAUCGUCCCCGAGGAGCGUCCAGCACCAGCUACUGCUGCAGGACUCAUUCCGAACGGAGGGUUUCUUCCCGCAGAGUGUGAACGACGGCUCGACUUUCCUCGACGAGAACAACCCGGAGUGCUCGGAACGGUACCCGGCCGAUUCAUUCGACUGCGUGGACGGUCGUCUCGGCAACGAUAGGCGGAAGUACACCGGCGAUGGCGUUGACAGCUGCAGGUCCGGUCACUCGACAUCCUCGGACGAGGGUAGCAAGGGCUUCAAGAUCGAGCAGCCGACGCAACAGCAGCAGCAAGGCAGGUGCCUGCGAUUCAAGGACGGCUCCGAGCCGCGCUUCGGCUCGAGCUGCGAGAGCGAGCGCAAGUACCACCCGGGCUCGUCGUCGAGCGAGCGGUCGAGCGAUGAUUGCUGCCCCGGCAGGACGAAGAGCAACUACGCGAAGGUGAAGGGCGCCAAGCAGAAGCAGCUGGAGGACGACGAGCUCGACGCUGAUACGAGGGUGUACGGCAAGAGUCCCAAGUUCGACGACAACCUAAGCGGCUUUGGCCACCCGCGGGGCGAGGCCGCCUCCGCGUUUGACUGUCGGAACCUGAAUCGCCGAUCUAAGAUCGCUGGCGGCGACAUGUUGACGCACGAGCGCCGAUACUACGACGGCGGCGCCGAUGACGACGUGUCCUUCAACGAGAGCGAGGUGGCGAGCGCGCGUCGCAGCGACGGAGUCGUCUUCAACACACUGGACGGCUUUGAGAACGAGAGCGCGAGCGAGCAUUACCGCCAGGAUAACGCGCAAGAUCCUGCGCGCAUGAAUCUGGAUGUAAGCCUGGAGGACGAGCGCGAGGCGAUCUACGCGCGUGGCGAUGACGACACGUCGUCGGCGACGACGGCGGAUGAUUCCCGCGCGUGCCGGCCGCGAUCCGAGCAGGACUAUCUACGUAAGAACGACGAACGAAAAUUCAGCGCUGGGCAGAUCAAGAGGCCGCUUUCGCAGGACGACGACGUGUCCUCCAAGAGCGGCAGGGUGCUCGAGAGCCCGGAGGUCACGCCUGGCGACGUCGGCAGAAUGCUGAACCUGGGGAACGCCUUGGACGGACCCAGACAGGCGCAGCCCAACAAGUACCUCAGUUUAGUGACGCUGCACUUGCCGGUGAUUCUCAGGCUCAGCGUCAACUGUCCCUUCCAAAACGUUAGAAUCAAGUGCGCGGAGAUCCUCGAGAUGGUAAAGGAUAGAGGACUUCCAGUACCGGUGCCGGCCUUCGACGGACCUAGUGCCUUCGUCCCUGUCGCGGAGCUGCCGGAUCUGAACAAUCUGGAUGAAAAGACGCAUAUGCUGUUGAUGGAUGCUUUCCUCCAGAACAACAGAUUGGAUCAUGUCUCGAGGGUAAUGUCCUCGCAUCCAACGUAUCUGGAUCAUUUCCUUCGAACGCAGCAUUUCAUCCUCAGGGGUGACGGACCACUUCCUUAUGACUACAGGCAUCUCAUUGCCAUUAUGGCCGCGGGUAGGCACCAGUGUAGCUACCUUAUAAACCUGCAGAAGGGAGAGUUCCUGCUGCAGGGCGGUGACCUCUCGUGGCUCCAAGGCCUGAGAUCGAUUCCAGGGAAGCUGCAAGAUCUCUAUGAGAUCAAUAAGAUCCUAGCCCACAGACCGUGGCUCCUGACCAAGGCGCACAUAGAGAAACUGACUAAGGGCGACGACAAUUGGACCAUAGCAGAGGUCGUCCACGCGAUAGUUCUAUUAGCGCAUUUCCAUUCUUUGUCGUCUUUCGUCUUUUCCUGCGGAAUCAACGAAGAACUGGACAAUGUGACCGGCCAUCACUACAAGGACAACAGCCAGGACAAUAGUAGUAACGUACCACCAGCCAAAGAUAAACUUUCCAGCAGCCCUAAGAAGAUUCCCAACAGUGACGGCAAGACUGAAAAUAUACCGUCGCCGCCAUCAUCGCCGAGCAUAGUCGGCGAGCAGGAGGUCGGAGUGGAGACUCUGAUGGAACGUAUGAAGCGCCUCUCGGAAAAGUCCGAGUCUUAUCAGAUCACACAGGAGGAGCUGUCGAAGAGAUUCGAGACUGUCGAGACGCAAUCAGCCGAGCUGGCGGCGGCGCCGCAGAGGAGUAGCUCGGUCCUUGACUCGGAUAUCGGUCUUUUCAUCGAGGACCCCACUUUCAUCUACCAGGAUUUCGCCAAGCGCGGUCAGCUGAACGACAUACCGACCUUCCGCGUCCAGGAUUGCUCUUGGGACGAUCACGGCUACUCCCUGGUAAACCGUCUGUACAACGACGUCGGCAAUCUCCUCGAUGACAAGUUCAAGACCGCGUACAAUCUGACGUACUACACAAUGGGCACGCACAACAAGGUCGACACGUCGCGCUUCAGACGGGCGAUCUGGAACUACAUACAGUGCAUGUUCGGCAUAAGGCACGACGAUUACGAUUACAAUGAGGUCAAUCAAUUGCUCGAACGAAGCUUGAAGACCUUCAUCAAGAGCGCCGUUUGUUAUCCAGAGCGCGUCACCAAGAGGGACUACGAUCGCGUUAUGAGGGAGUUCAAACACAGCGAAAAGGUCCACGUGUGCCUGAUGAUCCUAGAGGCUCGCAUGCAAGCGGAACUGCUAUACGCUCUUCGUGCCGUGAUGCGGUAUAUGACGUAAAGCGGAGUUCCACGUCGCCCCUUCGCCUGUCUGCUGUCUGUCAGUCAGUUUGUCGAUUUGUUUUCCCGCGCGAAUUCGCGCGAUGUUUCCGCGGGGUUCUGCACACGGCACGGAAGGAGCAUCGAGCGAGCGAGCACACGGUAUCAUCGAGUCCCAUACGAAACACACACGCACGCGACUUGGGGGGAGAGGCAUGGAGAUUGGGGCCCGCUUUUGCUCGGGCGUGUGCGGCGCCGUCCUUCGCGUAGGGCCGUCACUUCAUGGUUCGAUUGGUGUGCCGCCGGCGAUAGACGGCAAUCGCGGCUCUUCGGUAAGCGCUGAAAAGGCGAUAACGGAAGAGCAAAGAGGAGGAAGGAGGAAAGAGAGAACAGCAGAGAGCAGCAGCAGCGUCGACGUAGAUUGUGGGAGCAGCCGCGUUGGAUAACUCGCUGUUUGAUCAUUUCUUUCGGCUGCGCCCUCGGCGCGAUUCCUCGUCCAGCCGUUCGCUCUCGUCCAUCUAACUCGACGAACUCGGCGCAUCUCCAUUCUCCGAGCGACUACUCAACGAUCGCGUCGAUCGCGCAGCUCCAGUUCCGUCGAUUCGCGUCAAACAUCAUCCGUGGUGGGCAAGAGAGUUUUUUCUACGUGUUUCGAGAGCGGAUGAGAAAAAUGAAAUGCAAGGCAAAGGAGAAAGAGGAGGAGGAGGAGGGAAAGAAGAGAGGAAGAAACAGAGAGGGAGGAAAAAGAGAGAAAAGGAUAUAUCGAACAGAGAUAGGAAGACGGGGGAUGACGAGGAGGAGAGAUUUAUAAUUCGUUUUGUACAUAGACACUUGUAUUUUUCUACGUUCGACAUCGUAGCAGACUGUUAUUUGUGCGUAUCGUUUAUGUUUCAGAUCUGUUAAAGUUUGCUCUCGCCUGUUAGAAGCUUUCGCGUCGCGCUUGUAACGUUACAACGUAGAUACACACACACAUACACACAAACACAGACGGAAACACACACAUAAACACACACAACAUCCUUCGCGUUUAGGUUUCGAUCUUCCGUGCGUUUCGCAGGUGCGUUCGCACCUUCGCUUGUCGCAGGUGGACGCGUUACCGCACACGCGCGUACACACACGCGUCAAGCGAGACAAAAGCAUGCGUAGCUCCAUUUUUUCGCGAUUUUUCAUUUUUCCUUUUUGUCGGAUGUCUUGUCCAGGGAUGGAAAAUUACUCGUUAAGGUUAAAUUAAGGAACAUCGGUUUACGCUGAAUCCGUAAUUGUACGCGCGAUCAUCGCUGCGGUUUUCGCUCGGACUCGCGCCCCGGCAUCUCGGGUUCCGAGUUUCGAGUUUCCGUUUCCGUCGCGCGCACGCCGACUCGAAAUCAUCGCGGAUCGCGUCGAUAUUUGACGAUACUCGACGAACGGAGGGAGGACCGAGAAAUGGUCUUUCGCGCCGCGUUCGCGAUGUGCACAUAUAUACACACACACACACACACACACACAUAUAUAUACACACAUAUAUACACACACAUAUAUAUAUAUGUGUGUAUAUAUAUAUAUAUAUAUAUACGCGUUUCAUUUUUGAUUUCCGACGCGACUUUGUCUCGUAACCCAUGAAAGCUAUCAUCAAAUCGUACCUACCUUUUGUCACACGCGUACGUCGAGUGAAUCUUAGACUGUAGGGUGAUGCGUGGUCGCGUACAUGCGUGCUUGACGACAGUCUACGAGAAGCGACGCGCAUCGCGAGUGUCGCGUGCGCGUCAAGCUGCACACGAAGAAGCGAAUUCGGCUGCUGUCCUGGCGGAAUACAAGCGCCAGAGGAAAAAAAUCGUUCCGCUCCUCUCUGUCCCUUCCGAGAGAAAGCGCUGUGGGCGAGGUGGUUCAGAGAGACGACGGACACGGAUUGUCCGAGUCGUGCGCGCGAGCCAACAAACUCGCGAGAGAAUCGCGACCGGCCGAGAUCGGAACGCCGGAGAACACCAAUCUCUUGACGCGCGACUUUCCGCGCGUGCGGGCGCUUAUCAACGAAUUUCCAUGCCUUUGGCGUAGCGUUAAAACACUAAAGGGAUGAAAGGUAGCAAGGAAAAGAGGAAAAAGAGGAGGGUGACAGCUUUUAAGUAGAUCGCGAGGGGCGCGACGCACGACUGACGGAGCCCCGUCUCUUCUUCGGUAAUUGACGGUCGUUAAUAGCGGGGACGCCGCUUCUGCGACGUCGGAGUGCGCGCGGCGAGGACGGAGAGGCUGUUUAAAAAAA